UCUUUUUUUCAGCCUAUAUAUAUAUUCCUUUUGAAAUUGGUCAGGAAAUUAUACUAGGAGUUGAAGUUAGCUAAUAAGAACUAAGACAUAAGCAGUGAAUUAGAAAAGAAAAAGAAUUUGAAAAAGCUGACUGAAGAGCGUGACAAUGAAUAUCAUUCCUAGUUUGAGUGCUGGAACCUGGACACUCAUUGUUCUCUUCUUGACUCUUCUGUAUCUAUAUGGGACCUGGACACACAAGUUAUUUAAGAACUUAGGAAUUCCAGGACCAACACCAAUUCCUUUCUUUGGCACUGUUCUUUCCUAUCGCAAAGGUUUUGCAAAUUUUGACUACAACUGUUUUAAAAAAUAUGGGAAAACCUGGGGAUUUUAUGAUGGCAGGCAACCUGUACUGGCCACCAUGGACGUAGAGACUAUCAAAACAGUCAUGGUAAAAGAAUGUUAUUCAGUCUUCACCAAUCGUCGGAGUUUUGGCCCAGUAGGGUCUUUGGAGAGUGCCAUCUCAGUUGCUAAAGAUGAGCAAUGGAAGAGGAUUCGAACAGUGUUGUCUCCAACAUUUACAAGUGGAAAACUCAAGGAGAUGUUUCCCAUUAUAAACCGAUAUGGAGAUGUCUUAGUGAAGAACAUGAAGAAGGAGGCUGAGAAAAGCAAGCCUGUAACUCUGAAAGACAUCUUUGGGGCAUAUAGCAUGGAUGUAAUCACCAGUACUUCCUUUGGAAUACAUGUUGAUUCCUUGAAUAACCCAAAUGAUCCUUUCGUUAGAGAAAUCAAGAAAUUAAUUAGGUUCAAUUUUCUGGAUCCUCUCAUACUGUCAGUAGCAAUCUUUCCAUUCCUUACUCCUUUGUUUAAUAAGUUGGAUGUAACUGUAUUUCCAAAAGAUGCUAUUGAUUUCUUAUCAAAAUCAGUUAAAAAAAUAAAAGAAGAACGAAAGAAGAAUACAGAGAAGCAUCGAGCAGAUUUGCUUCAGCUUAUGAUGGAUUCCCAGACUUCUAAAAAUUCAGAGCCACAUUCUCACAAAGAUCUGAGUGAUCAAGAAAUUUUGGCCCAAUCCAUAAUCUUUCUUUUUGCUGGCUAUGAAACCACCAGUUCUGUCCUUUCCUUCCUUUUUUAUCACCUGGCUACCAACCCUGAAAUCCAGGAGAAACUUCAGAAGGAGAUAGAUGCAGUUUUGCCCAACAAGGAAGCUGUCACCUAUGAUGCUCUGGUACAGAUGGAAUACCUAGACAUGGUGAUAAAUGAAAAUCUUAGGCUGUUCCCCAUAGGUGGAAGGGUUGAAAGAGUUGCUAAGAAAACUGUUGAGCUCAAUGGCCUGACCAUUCCCAAGGGAACAGUGGUGAUGGUUCCUCCCUAUGUCCUUCAUCGUGACCCAGAAUACUGGCCAGAACCAGAAAAGUUUCGUCCUGAAAGAUUCAGUAAGGAAAACAAGGAGAGCAUCAACCCCUAUGUGUACCUGCCCUUUGGUACUGGUCCUCGAAACUGCAUUGGGAUGAGAUUUGCACUCAUGAAUAUGAAAGUUGCUGUUAGUCGACUCCUGCAGGAAUUUUCCUUUAGAACUUGUAAAGAGACACAGAUUCCCCUGAAGCUGAGCAAUAUGCCACUCCUUACACCAACCGUACCUAUUGUCCUGCAGGCUGAAUUAAGGAACAAGAAGACAAACCAACACUAGAAAUCAUCUAUCUCAUUCUGCCUAUGCCCGUCUACAAUCCUGUGUCAUAUUUUUCUGCUGUACUCUAAGGACGCUGAAUGCUAGGACUUAAAAAACAACUUAACUUACCUUAUUAACCAAACAAAGAAAUUGAAAUGAGUUUUUUUUAAACUGCAGGAGAUGAAUAGAUAUUGCAGAUGGUCUUUUCAAGAUCUCCAUGUCUGAGGAUAAUUGUAUAAUGUUUAGUGGCGUUAGCUGAUCAUGUUCCAACAGAAAUAAAUCCCAAUAGAUUAGUGUCACUUGAUAUUACUAAGUUGUACUGAUUCAAUGGAAAAAAAUAGAGUAUCAUGAAUCAAGUAGCUAUUCAUUAUUUUUCAAAUCAAAAUAAUCCUUAACUAUUAUACUUAUAAUGAAUAUGUACAUAUAUGGGGGGUAUAUUUCUUAUUUUUAAUAUUCUGCAUUAAAGAAUUUUGCUGCU